AUGGCAUCAGUUUCAAAGCAAAAACGUUUGGCAAAAAAAGCUGCCAAGAAUAGCUCUGCUCCUGCCACGAAAUCAACUGCUGAAAGUGCUGUUAAUGGUAAAGGAUCAACAGUUAAAAAAGAGACAAACUCUACUGCAGCAACCGAUUUAUCUCUUGAUUCGUUAAAGAUCUCUAGCGAGAGGACCGCCAACGGUGUUUUAACAUCACAACCAAUGGCAAAAGACAUCAAGAUCGAACAAUAUAGCCUGUCCUUCUUUGGUCGUGUGCUAAUUGAAAACGCCACAAUAGAACUUAAUUUUGGUAGACGAUAUGGUCUUAUUGGCUCAAACGGUAGUGGAAAGAGCACUUUCUUAGCAUCCUUGGCUGCAAGAGAGGUCCCGAUUCCGGAACAUAUUGAUGUCUAUUUAUUAAAUCAAGAAGCUGACCCGUGUGAUCUCAAUGCCAUCGAUUAUGUCAUUCGAGCUGCAAAGGAUGAGAUCGUUCGUCUAGAAAAAGAAGUCGAAGACUUGUUGACGGAAAACGACGAAGAUCCUAGAUUGGAAGAUCUUUAUGAUAGAAUCGCAGCUCUCGACGAAUCGACGUUUCAAUCUCGCGCCAGCACUUUACUUCAUGGUCUAGGUUUUGCACAAGACAUGAUGGCCAAGAAAACUAAAGACAUGUCUGGUGGAUGGAGAAUGCGAGUUGCUUUGGCAAAAGCUUUAUUUAUUAAGCCUACAUUGUUGUUAUUAGAUGAACCUACCAAUCAUUUGGAUUUGGAAGCUUGUGUGUGGCUUGAGGAAUAUUUAAAAACAUACAAUCGUAUCUUGUUGUUAGUCAGUCAUUCUCAAGAUUUUCUUGACAAUGUAUGCGACCAAACAAUACAUCUGACUGAAAAGAAAAAAUUAAAUUAUUAUGGUGGUGGUUAUUCCACUUUUGUGAAAACUAAGGCCGAAUUGGAAGUCAAUCAGAUGAAAGCAUAUCACAAGCAACAAGACGAAAUCGCCCAUAUCAAAAAGUUCAUUGCUUCUGCUGGUACUUAUGCAAAUUUGGUUAGACAAGCAAAGAGUAAACAAAAGAUUAUAGACAAGAUGGAGGCUGCUGGAUUAGUCGAAAAGGCUGGUAUUAUUUUCUAUUCUUUGACACCUGAACAAAUUCUCAUUCAGCAUUUCACAAAUUUACAGGUAGAGAUUCAAUCAACAUUUAAAUUCAAGUUCGCAGAUGUUGAAAAACUUCCACCGCCUGUACUACAGUUUGAUCAAGUUUCUUUCUCAUAUAAUGGAAGCACCAACUCAAAAGACCUUUUAUACAGGGAUCUUGAUCUCGCUGUCGACAUGGAUUCCCGAAUCGCUCUUGUGGGCCCAAAUGGUGUCGGUAAAUCAACUUUACUUAAGCUGAUGAUGGGUGAACUUCAAUCUGUCACAGGAAGAAUUUCUCGACAUACAAACCUAAAAUUGGCUAAAUAUAGUCAACAUAGUGCUGACCAGCUUGAAAUGGAUUUAACCCCUAUUCAAUAUAUGAGAAAGAAAUUUGCCCAUUUGAAUGGAGAUGUUGAUUUUUGGCGCAGCCAAAUUGGCCGAUAUGGUCUUACAGGAUCUCAUCAAACAUCCCCGAUUAAAACACUGAGUGACGGUUUAAAGACUCGAUUAGUUUUCGCAGAAUUGGUAUUGUCAACCCCUGAUAUUGUUCUUAUGGAUGAACCUACUAAUCACUUGGAUAUGGAAAGUAUUGAUUCGUUAGCACAGGCUAUUCAAACUUUUUCUGGAGGAGUCGUACUAGUCUCUCACGAUUUUCGUCUUAUAUCUCAAGUUGCACAAGAUAUACUGUUGUGUAAAGAUAAAACGGUAGUACCUUUUAAAGGAACUAUUGAAGAUUAUAAAAAGCAGCUUCAACGGUCAAUGAAAGUUUAA